GAUCCCAUUACCUCGGACAAUCCGCCGCCGUCUACAUGGCCGUCCCAAGGACAACUGACCUUGAAGAACGUCAGUAUGAAAUAUCGCAGUGAUCAUCCAUCUGUCUUGAAAAAUCUGAACGUAUCCAUCGAACCUGGCUGGAAAGUUGGAGUGGUGGGACGAACAGGCGCGGGCAAGUCCUCCUUAAUCUCAGCGCUUUUCCGUUUAUUCAACGAAGGUCUGGAGGGCGAGAUUAAGAUCGACGGUCGGGAUACGAGCACGGUAGGCCUGAACGAGCUGCGUUGUAAGAUUUCCAUCAUACCGCAGGAACCAGUGCUUUUCUGUGAAAGUCUGCGUUACAAUCUAGACCCGUUCAGUCAAUACGAUGAUAUGAAGCUGUGGGAGGUGUUGCGACAGGUCGAGUUGAACGACGUCACAUUGGAUCAGGAAAUCUUUUACGGCGGGCACAACUUCAGCGUCGGCCAGAGACAGCUUAUAUGUCUGGCCAGAGCCAUUCUAAGAAACAAUCGUUUGCUCGUUCUCGAUGAGGCCACGGCCAAUAUUGAUUUGCAGUGA